CAAUAAACUCUGAGCAAGACAUCAACAAUAAUACUUGAAGAAACAAUGGUAGCAAUCCAAGAUGUCUUUAGGAAGGAGAGGCCACAAGGCCCUGCCACCAUCUUAGCCAUAGGCACCGCCAACCCGCCCAACGUGAUCGAUCAGAGCACCUACCCUGAUUACUACUUCCGUGUCACCAACAGCGAGCACAAACAAGAUCUCAAGAACAAGUUCCGUCGUAUUUGUGAAAGGUCCACAGUGAAGAAAAGGUACACAUAUCUGACUGAAGAUAUACUGAAAGAGAACCCCAACAUGUGCAUUUACAAGGCUCCAUCCACAGACGUUAGGCAGGAGAUCACUGUCUCUGCAGUGCCGGAGCUUGCAAGCAUGGCAGCCGUCAAGGCACUGGAAGAGUGGGGAAGGCCAAGCUCAGAGAUCACUCAUUUGGUGUUCUGUGCCAUGACAGGUGCUGAUAUGCCUGGUGCUGACUACCAGCUGCUCAAACUCCUCGGUCUCUCACACACCAUUAACCGCACCAUGCUUUACAGCCUUGGUUGUUACGCUGGUGGCACUGUGCUCCGCAUAGCCAAAGAUAUUGCGGAGAAUAACAAGGGUGCUAGAGUGCUUGUGGUGUCAUCUGAGAUCAUGACUCAGGUGUUCCGUGGUCCUGAUGAGGCACACUUUGACUCUUUAAUUGGUGAAGCCAUUUUUGGAGAUGGUGCGGCAGCGCUUGUUGUUGGUGCGGACCCGAUUAUGGAUGUUGAGAAGCCGGUGUUUGAGAUUGGGUUUGCCAUGCAAGCGGUGCUGCCGGACAGUGAAGGGUCUGUGGAAGGGCACUAUGGUUAUGCAGGUCUGACCUUUCAUCUCCAAAACAAACUGCCGCAUGUUGUUGCUAAGAACAUUGAGAAGAGUUUGAAACAAGUGUUUGAGCCGGUGGGUGUCACUGACUGGAAUGAGUUGUUUUACAUUGUGCAUCCUGGUGGGCCGGCAAUACUUGAUAAGACGGAGGAGGAGCUGAAGCUUUCGCAGGGGAAGUUGAGGACAACGAGGCAGGUGCUGAGUGAGUAUGGGAACAUGUCAAGCGCUACAGUGCUGUUCAUCAUGGAUGAGAUGCGGAAGAGAUCGGUUGAGGAAGGGAAAGGGAGCACUGGAGAAGGUCAUGAGCUUGGGGUACUUCUUGGUUUUGGACCGGGACUCACCAUGGAAUUGGUUGUUCUACGUAGUGUUUCCUUGCUAGCUUAAUUUUCUUUGGUUGCUGUUGUUAAUUCGUUGUAAUAAAUAAUUAUAGUGAGAUUUAUUUCA